AUGACGACAGCACAUCGCCCGACAUGGCAUGCCGCCGUAGGCCAGUCUAAUGAAGGAGGCUGGCAUGCAGGAGGCAAAUUGAGCGACCAGAUCUCGGCGCGCGACCUUCCAGCUCAUAGGCGACUCAAAUUGCGACAGGUUGGACAGGGCACUGCAAAUGAGGUGGAGUUGAUGGACUUGCGCGAAGAAUUGGAGCGCAAGGAGGAAAAGUACGAGGUAGAGAAAGGUCGAAAGAUAAACACUGCACAAGAUAAGCUGCGACGGCUAGAGGAAAACAAGAAAAUCUUGCUACUAGGCGAUGCAGAGACAAAUGAGCGUGAGUCGCAGCUAAAGAAAGUUGCAAGUAAAUACGAUGAUGCAGACGAUGGAGCUGACUCCGAGAAUUCGAGCGAUGGCGAUAGUGACAGCGACGAUGACGACGAAGAAGCUGAAUUAAUGCUUGAGCUUGAAAAAAUCAAGCGUGAGCGCGAGGAGGAGCGAUUGCGGAAAGAGGAAGAGGAGAGAAAGAUUACUGAGCAACGGUCACGCGAAGAAAUUCUCCAAGGUAACCCACUGACGCAGCAACAAGCUGCAGGAAGUGCGAAGAUGAAGAGACGGUGGAACGAUGAUGUAGUUUUCAAAAAUCAGUCUCGCAAUGAGCCGGAAGUGAAGAAACGAUUCAUUAAUGACACGAUUCGCAACGACUUUCACCGCCGCUUCCUCAGCAAGUAUAUUCAAUAA